AUGGCUAUCUCUACUCCAUUUACUCAGAGAAAAGUUUCUCAUACAGAGAUGGAGAAGAGUGGCCAGAGAGUCCAAGAGUUUCCUUACUCUUCACUGUCUGGUCCGUCCUCUAGUCAUCAUCCCAACCCCAUUGCCACUUGGAUUCCUGCACCAAUUACAAUUCUCUCACCCCCUUCCCAGCCGCCACUCACUAUGCCAUCUGAAGUCAUCGUUCCUCAGCAACCUCUAAGUGCAGCUCCAACACCCACUCCAGUACAGGUUCCAUCCCCCAACACAAACCAGCUCCCCCGCUCACACCAACCCUCCUUGACAUCCUCAACCAAUUCAACCCCCUCACCACAAAUCCCAACGUCCCCUCCUAACCCACCUGACCCUCAUCCCCUUCCAACUCACUCAAUGACCACCCGAGCCAAGAACCACAUCCAUAAACCCAUCACUAAAAUGAACCUUCAUACUCAACUCUCCAAAUCCAACGACCUUGAACCAACCACCGUGUCUACAGCCCUUAAAGAUCCAAAGUGGCCUAAAGCCAUGUCUAAUGAGUGUGAUGCUUUAGUUAGAAACGGCACAUGGGAACUUGUUCCACCUGAUUCUACACAGAAUGUUCAAAGCACGUUUGGUCGCAAAAGGCUUUCAUCAAAGACCAGGCGUCGAUUAUCUAGACACUUUCAGCCCUGUUGUCAAACCAACAACAGUUCGUGUUGUCCUCAGUCUGUAUCUCGGGGUUGGUCUUUACGUCAACUUGAUGUCAACAAUGCCUUUCUCCAAGGCCACCUCUCCGAGCAUGUCUACAUGCAACAACCACUAGGUUUUGUUGAUCAAGAUCAUCCAUCUUAUGUCUGCAAACUUCGAAAAGCCAUCUAUGGCCUCAAACAAGCACCGAGAGCAUGGUAUCAUGAACUUCGUGCUUUCCUUCUUUACUCUGGCUUCAAAAAUUCCCAUGCAGAUACUUCUCUAUUUGUUCUCACUGUUGCUGGCCAUAGUAUGUAUAUACUUGUCUAUGUGGAUGACUUAAUAAUCACUGGAGACAAUACUAAGAUGAUCGACUCCUCUGUUGAUGUUCUUGCUAAUCGGUUUUCAAUUAAGGAUCUUGGACAACUGUCUUAUUUUUUGGGUGUGGAGGUAGUCCCCAAUCAGCAAGGUAUUUUAUUAUCUCAACGGCGUUGCAUUUUGGACAUUCUCGCUAGAACUCAUAUGACUGAUGCCAAUCCUGUGCUUACUCCCAUUCCAACUAGCCCACCGUUGCUAAAGUUAGGCUCUGCUUUGCUUGAUCCCACCGAGUACAGAACAGUUGUUGGCAGCCUUCAAUAUCUCUUAAUUACAAGACCAGACCUUGCAUUUGCGGUUAACAAGCUCUCUCAGUACAUGCACACUCCAACCACCGACCAUUGA